CUAGAAGGCUAACACUUUAGCUGCAGCUAGCACUGGAUUGGCGCGGAUGCUUACCGAUUACGCUAUGCUAGCUAACUGCUAACAACUGGACACUUGCCAUCCGAAACGGACUAAAUACAUAACGACAUUUUUGGAAUGUAAUUUGCCGUGAUUCUUAAAAACCUAUGCUACGUGUAGAAGUCUACCAGCCCGUCAGAAGGUUGAUAGGGCUGAAACUUGUUGGAUGACUGCCCUCAAAUAUUAGCUAAAGGGCCUUGAAUCCACGGUGCUUGAGUGAACGUCAGUCCGGUGUUACUGCAGGACUUACAGAGGGAGCAUCCAGCUACAAGCUAACUUGUGACACGCGUUUAUACUCUUUGACAUAUUCACUGCUCCAAAACCCUCCUGAAUAUGUCACACACCGGACCCCCUCCUCGGUGGAGGAACUGUCCCCGAAGAGGACAGCCUGUGGCAGGUAAAUUCUUGCCAAUGAAAACUAUGUUGGGUCCCAAAUAUGAUGAGCAAGUUGCAGAGGAGAACAGGUUUCACCCGAGCAUGCUGUCAAACUACCUAAAAAGUCUGAAAGUAAAAAUGGGUUUGCUUGUGGAUUUGACAAACACCACUCGGUUUUAUGAGCGCAGCGACAUUGAAAAAGAUGGCAUAAAAUACGUGAAACUUCAGUGUAAAGGCCAUGGAGAAUGCCCUUCGAAAGAGACGACUACAAUGUUCAUCAGGCUCUGUGAACAUUUCAUGGAGAAGAAUCCUACAGAACUUAUAGGUGUUCACUGCACGCAUGGCUUCAAUCGGACAGGCUUUCUGAUAUGUGCUUACCUGGUGGAAAAGAUGGACUGGAGUAUCGAGGCAGCUGUGGCUGCAUUCGGCCAGGCUCGGGCCCCAGGGAUCUACAAGGGAGACUAUCUCAAAGAGCUUUUCCGUCGCUAUGGUGAUGAGGAGGACACGCCUCCUGCCCCUGCACUGCCUGAGUGGUGCUUUGAUGAUGAUGAGGGGGACGUGGACGAUGACGGCAACGCGGUCAGUCAAGAGUCGGGCCCAAGCUCCUCUGGGUCAGGACCGGGAAAACGAAAGAAAGAGAAGCUAAAACUGGGUGCAGUAUUCCUUGAAGGUGUCACGGUGAGAGGAGUCACGCAGAUCACCACGCAACCAAAACUAGGAGAGGUCCAAAGAAUGUGUCAGGAGAUGACCGAGUGGGACAAGUCUGGUUUUCCUGGCGCCCAGCCUGUGUCCAUGGAUCGACAAAACCUUCGUUUCUUGGAGCAGAAUCCAUACAAAGUCAGCUGGAAAGCGGAUGGUACACGGUACAUGAUGCUGAUCAACGGGAAAAAUGAAGUGUUCAUGAUCGACAGAGACAACACUAUCUUCCACAUAGCGAACUUAGAGUUUCCUUUCCGGAAGGAUCCACGCAUCCAUUUAUCAAACACACUAUUGGACGGGGAGAUGAUCAUAGACAAGGUGAAUGGUCAGCCCGUCCCUCGGUAUUUGAUAUACGACAUCAUCAAAUUCAAUGGUCAGCCUGUUGGCCAGUGUGAUUUCAACAUCCGACUAGUAUGCAUAGAAAAGGAAAUCAUUUCCCCUCGGAUGGAAAAAAUGAAGACCGGACAGAUUGACAAAACCAAGGAACCAUUCAGCGUCCGAAAUAAGCCCUUCUUUGACAUUCAUGCGUCACGCAAGCUUCUGGAAGGCAGCUUCACGUCCCAGGUCAGCCACGAAGUCGACGGGCUUAUCUUCCAGCCGUGCGGGAGAUACAAGCCGGGAAGGUGUGAUGACAUCCUCAAGUGGAAGCCCCCCAACCUCAACUCCGUGGACUUUCGCCUUAAGAUCACCAAAGUCGGAGGAGAAGGGCUGGUUCCACAGACUGUCGGCUUGCUGUACGUCGGCAACUAUGACAGGCCCUUUGCAAAGAUGAAGGCCACUAAAGAGCUGAAACCAUACGACAACAAGAUCAUCGAGUGCACCUUCGCAAACAACAGCUGGGUGUUCAUGAGGCAGAGAGUCGACAAGAGCUUCCCCAACUCCUACGACACGGCAAUGGCUGUGUGUAAAAGCAUCCAGGAGCCCGUCACUAAGGAAAUCCUGCUGGAGUUCCUGGACCGCUGUGGCGUCCAAGCCCAGAACCGGAGACACCCGCCCGACCCGGACUCGGAGCUAAUGCCCCCUCCGCCUCCAAAGAGACCCAACCGGGCCAUCCCAUAGCCCGGGGUCCGGCACCUGUGGACUUCACCUGUAAAUCACCAGCCUCAUUUUCAUCCUCUGUACGGACAUUUUAAGGCUCUCUUACCUUAAGCAUGUUUGCUUUAUGAGACUGUAAAGACUCUAAAGGACUUCAGAAACCUUUACUUGACUGCCUCGAUGUCAUUAAUUUCCCUUGUAGACUUUGUUUGUAGCUUUAAAUUGCUGGUGUUCUUAUUAAAAUGAAAAACACAAUGCUUA